GUGCUCACACGGCAGAGGCACACAGAGAGAGACAGAACAGAGGCCAGGCCAGAGGAGGAGAGAGAACGCGAGGCGAGCGAGUCCACGUGAGCCAGGAGGAGGAGGAGGAGGAGGAGCGAGAGAGAUCCCUCUCCCCCUUCCCUCCGGUCCCAGCUCGCCAUGGAUCCCCCCUACACAGGUAUUACUUAUGAUCCUGCGAAAUGCCGAUUGAUGAGUGUGGAUGAGAAGAGAAAGCUUGUUUUUGACUUAUCAAAGUGUCCAGAAAGUGCUUCUGACAAACUACAAUCAUGGAGUCGCCGUGAUAUUGUAGAGAUCCUGUGUGCUGAUUUAGGAAGGGAAAGGAAGUAUACUGGAUUAUCUAAGCAGAGAAUGCUGGAUUAUCUCUUCAGGGUGGUGACUGGGAAAUCAUCUGCCCCUGUGGUACAUGUGCAAGAAAAGGAGCCACCUCCUGAUCCCAACACAAGUAACCAUCAGUACCCUGUGAAUCAGUACCCUGCCAAACGGCAAAGGAAGAGUGACAACCCAUCACGACUACCAAUUGUUGCCUGCAAUCCGGUAACAGCUGAUGUAUCGGUGCCACCAAGUAAUGCACGGUUUUGCCAAAAUUUGGCAUGCAGGGCAAUUCUUAGCCUGGAAGAUAAAUUUUGCAGACGCUGUUCAUGCUGUAUAUGUUUCAAGUAUGACGACAACAAGGACCCUAGCCUAUGGUUGUUCUGUAGUUCAGAGCAACUCUUGCAAAAGGAUUCUUGUGGUUUUUCAUGCCAUCUUGAAUGUGCCCUCAAGGAUGGAAGAACUGGCAUUGUGCAGAGUGGCCAGUGCAAGAAACUUGAUGGGGGUUAUUACUGCACGCGCUGUUGGAAACAGAAUGAUUUGCUUGGAUCCUGGAAGAAACAACUUGUGAUAGCUAAAGAUGCUCGGAGGUUGGAUGUAUUAUGGCAUCGGAUUUUUUUGAGUCAUAGGAUCCUCUUCACCACCGAGAAGUACUUGGUCUUGCAUGAAAUUGUUGACACGGCGAUGAAGAAACUGGAGACUGAGGUUGGACCUGUACCUGCUGAUGGAAAUAUUGGUCGUGUAAUUGUGAGCCGGCUUACCUGUGGUCCUGAAGUUCAGAAGCUUUGUGCUCGAGCAUUAGAUGUCAUGGAAUCGUUGUUCUCUGUGCGAUCUCCUACAAACUCACAGUUGCAACGAUCAAGUAUGAUUUCAUCGAACUUAAUAAAGUUUGAACCUGUAACCCAAACAUCCAUCACUGUAGUUUUUGAUUUCGAUCAAUGCCCUACACUUGCCCAAGGGGUAACUGGCUUUAACAUAUGGCACAGAGUGGCUGCUGUACCAUUUUUCUCCUCAAACCCGACAGGCUUCGUAAUUGCACCGUCAAAAACAUUUGUUGUCACGGGACUCGCACCAGGUACAACCUAUAUCUUUAAGGUAGCUGCAUUCAGCAGCUCCAAGGAGUUUGCGUCAUGGGAAGUUAGAACAAAGACUAGCUGUCAGAAGGAAGAUGAUCAAAAAGGUUUGAUGCUAGGUGGUGCUGGAGUAGACCAAAAUAACGGUUGCGCAAAGACAAACAGUGGCGGUCAAUCUGAUCGUUCUUCAGAGGGUGUGGACUCAAACAAUAAUACUACAGUGUAUGCUGAUCUAAAUAAGUCUCCAGAAAGUGAUUUUGAAUAUUGUGAAAAUCCUGAGAUCCUCAAUUCAGAUAAAGCUUCUCUUCGCCUCAAUGAAUCUACUGAUAACUUGCAAACUGCACAGAUGGCAACUAGGGUAACAGAGGUCAUAGAACUGGAGGAAGCUCCUGGCCUCUCUGCGUCAGUUUUGGAUGAGGAGCCCAAUUCUACCGUUCAAACUGCAUUACUUAGAGAGUCUUCAAACUCCUUGGAGCAAAAUCCAAGAACUGAAGUACCUGGAUCACAGGAUGCAUCAAAUGUACCUGCUGGAAAUGAGUUGGUGACUGCUCCACCUCGAUACUCUGGCUCUAUGCCACCCACUGCACCGAGAGUUAUGGAAACUGGGAAGGAAAUUGGUGGAGGAAGCUUCAACUUAAAAUCUGGUGAUAACGUCCGUCAAAAUGGUUCUUCAAAGCCUGAAAGAGAACCAGGGAAUUCAUCAAACAAGAGAUCUGGAAAAUUUGAGGACAUUAGUCACAAGGAUGGAUGCGCCGAAGCAUCUUAUGAGUUCUGUGUCAAGGUGAUCAGGUGGCUGGAGACUGAGGGCUAUAUUGAGACCAACUUUAGGGUGAAGUUUUUGACAUGGUACAGCUUGCGUGCUACCCCACAUGACAGGAAAAUAGUUAGUGUCUAUGUGAGUACCCUUAUGAGUGAUCCUGUAAGCCUUUCAGGCCAGCUCUCCGACACUUUCUCGGAUGCAAUCUACAGCAAGAGGCCACCUUCAGUCCCCUCUGGUUUCUGCAUGGAUCUCUGGCAUUGAGGGAAGAGAAGGGAAGCUAUAACUGUUCUCAUCAGUGGGAGCAUAUUUUGGUCCCAUUCUUUCGUAGCAGAUCGUUUCAUUGAUUCUUCAUUGGAGAUUUCAUUGAAGUAGUAGUUAACUUAUACAAUCUGUUGAUUGGAACCUUGUCGCUGUGACCGUAGGAGGUUUAAAUUACCUGUCAACUUAUUUCCUCUCUUUUACUUUUUAGUUCACAGUUGUGUCAGUUCGCUUUUCUCUGUGCUAGCUUCGUAGCAUCAGGAGCUGCACAAUUUGGUCAGGUUACUGUGUUGAACCUAAAACUUAAUGUUGCCAACUGCUCUGAGAAGAACGACUCUUAUGCUGAACCUGGGAAGCGCAACUGGCCAGAACAAAUUGUGCUGAGCUACUGCUUCCCUGUUGGUAAGA